ACAAACCAGUUGAAACACUUAAUUUAAGAGUUCAAACUCCAAAGUUUCCACCUCAAAGUUCCCCCAACAAUAAAGCUGAAGAGUUUUCGAUUUUUGAUUUUCCAAUGACGACAGCUCAUCACAUUAAUUCUUCUUCAUCGUUUUGUUUGCUUUACCUAGGGAUCGUCGGAUGCGUUGUUCUUCUUAGCUCGGUUUCUUGCUCCGCCGCGGCGGGCGGAGGUUACAGAAAAGAACAGGCGAGAGAUAGGAUCGUGAAGCUACCGGGACAGCCGGCGAAAGUGAAGUUCUCUCAAUACUCGGGAUACAUUACGGUGGACGCCAAGGCGGGUCGAGCUCUGUUUUAUUGGUUGAUGAAGGUGCCGGCUAAAAGUAGACCUGAAUCGAAGCCGUUGGUUUUAUGGCUCAAUGGUGGGCCUGGUUGUUCCUCCAUCGCAUAUGGGGCCUCCGAGGAAGUGGGGCCCUUUCGUGUUCGACCCGACGGCAAAACUCUCCGUUUGAAUCCUUACGCUUGGAAUCAAGUGGCAAAUUUGUUAUUUCUUGAUUCACCGGCGGGUGUGGGAUUUUCUUAUUCGAAUACUUCGUCCGAUAUAUAUACUGUUGGCGACAAGAGGGCAGCGAAAGAUGCAUACACAUUUCUCAUGAAAUGGCUAGAGAGAUUCCCAAACUACAAGCACAGGCCUUUCUACAUAGCUGGAGAAAGCUAUGCAGGUCAUUAUAUUCCUGAGCUAUCUCAAGUUAUAGUCCGUCGCAACAAAGGAGUCAAGAAUCCCAUCCUUAAUUUCAAAGGUUUUCUGUUGGGCAAUCCACUUUUGGAUGAUUAUCAUGACAACAAGGGGUCACAUGAGUUUUGGUGGAACCAUGGGUUGAUAUCAGAGACAACAUACAAAGAGCUAAAGAAGACAUGUACAAAUGAAACAUUUUUAUUCCCAAAAGAUGGAUGCAACAAUGCUCUGAAUGCUGCUUUUAAGGAGUUCGGCAACAUCAACCCUGACAACAUCUACGGCCCAUCUUGCAAUGCCAGUUCCAGGCUCAACCAUCAUUUACGCCAACUCCCAUUGCCAUGGAGAUACAGAGGAAAUGAUGAAUGUGUAGUUGCAUAUACCAGAAGAUACAUGAAUAAUCGAUUGGUUCAAAAGGCUCUCCAUGCAAAUCUUACUCGUCUUCCUUAUCCUUGGACUACUUGCAGUUCGGUUAUUAGACGAAACUGGACUGAUUCUCCAAAAUCAAUGCUACCUAUCAUCAAAGAACUUAUUGGAGCUGGCAUUAGGAUUUGGAUAUUCAGUGGAGAUACAGAUGCUGUAUUGCCUUUGACUGCAACCAGAUAUUCAAUUAAAGCACUCAAGCUCCAAACCAACACCAGCUGGUAUGCUUGGAUUGAUGAUCAUGCUGAGGUGGGCGGCUGGAGUGAAGUAUACAAUGGGUUAACCUAUGUGACAGUGAGGGGAGGAGGGCAUGAAGUUCCUUUGACUCAACCUCAACGUGCGUUGCGUUUGUUCAAGUAUUUCUUGAUGAAUUCGCCCCUCCCUUCUUCACUUCUCGAUUAAUUGUUAUUUUAUCAUUUAGGCUU